GUUGCUGUACAUUCUGUUUGGGGGUGAGUUGUUGCAUUUUCACCGGAUUCUUGUGGAGAAUGACGAUGUGGUGAGUUUCUUGCUGCUGUGGUGAUGAUUGUUGUGAUGUACUGGGCUGGUGAAUCUUUCCUCUUUCACAUCAUGUCUCAUCCUACUGUGGCAGGUGGCUACGGUGCACUUGACUUCACUAACUUUAGUGCGCGGUAGCCAGUAACUUUGAAGAAUUCUUACAGCCCUGGACUUACCGAGGAAACAAAAAGAAACUUGUUUUUAGUGUGGAUUUGUGUAAACCCUGAUAUACCAUUUUUUGCAAAUAAAUUAGUACCUUUACCAAAAAUAGAUUAUUCAUUUUUAACUUAAACAUUCAGUCAUUAUUCUUGUGACAACAAGUCAUUCUAGCUACUAGUAGCAAGAAUAGCUUAGUUUUUGCACCGUGUAGUAGUAAGUUCUUUUUCUGCCACUGCCAUUCAAGACACAACAGCAACAAUGGCGGUGGCAACCAAUCCUUCAUUGAAAUACUUUCAAGAAAUAGACCAAGGCCCAUUGAGGUCCAAGGGUACAAGUAUCCCAUUUGUGGGGUUGGCGCAAAUUUACAAGGUAGCUAUUUCUUUGUCUGGUUAGUGUCUUCCGUCUGUCCGUCGUUUCCAAUACUCAAAAACUUCGUUCUUUAUGAUUCUCGAUUUUCUUUUCAUUUUCCCUUCCAGUUUGAUCGAAGAGCUGACUUUUCCAACGAGACGAAUCGUAACGCACACCUCUUUCACAAAAAAAGGUUUUAGGUUUUCAUUACCAUUGAAGCAUGACCCACCUGCAUUCAAAUCAAUAAACAGAAUGUCCGGGGUUGCACCGACAGCCAAAUAUUAUUUCCGAUUGAGCGGGCAUUUAKGACAAUCAACAAGCCAUGCAAAACGUAAUUUUUCGACAACCAGGUCGGAUUUUUUGUCACAUCGAGGACGUCGAAGAACUAGAGCGGAAGUUUCGCCGGCAUCGUCCUUUCCUUCUUGUUUUUAUUCUCAAUCGGUUACAAGCCGGGAGUUAUCCGCAUUAUUGACACCACGAAACAGUGAACGAUCCCCUUCAAUUGCAACAUCAAACAAUGACAACGAUGCUCCAGACGGUGGUGCCGACGGCCCGUCUCGUAAUCAGGACAGCCGCCAAGAAAAAGCCCUUGAAAGAUUCACCCAUUUCGCUCUCAAUCCAAAGAUGGUGCCACUCGGGGCUAUGCAAGAGGAAAACUGGUUAGAUAUUUCGGAUGCAAUAGAUGGAUGGCUUGGCAAAGGGGGAGGCUUUGGUGUCGAUUCUGCGGAGCUACUCCUAGAACGGUUACUGAGUGAACAUGCUGCUUCUUAUUCGGGGGGGAAAUAUUUUCACAGCCCAUCUUAUUUGGAAAAAUCAACCUCAUUGGCUAGAUUGCAGAGAGAGGUGUUGAAUUCGUGGAUCCAGGCUUUUCAUCUAUCGGGCGGAAGCUCGCAACUCGCAUUAUCUCGGGCCGAGCGAGCUAUGUUCAGACUUUUAAAGUUAAAGGAGAGAGCCGACAAAAAGACACUGCAUGUCCCUUUCCCAGUCGAACAAUAUAUCGCAAUUGUUGAUGGAUAUCUUGAAGCUGAUGUUCACCGACAGCGACGGCCAACGAAGGCAGGCAAUUUGUUACGCACAUUAAUAUCAUACGACAAUUUUGCAAAAGACCUAAAAGACGCGGACCAUUUCAUAGAAAUCGGUCCACUACUUGAAAACUGCACUUCUCAACUGUUAGGCUCUGAUCCAAGAAAUUUGCUGGGUACUGAAUUGGUAGAAAAAAUGAAGGUCCUAAAAAAAUCUGGAACUCUUCCUGAUAUUAAGAUUCCCGACGUAACAAAACGGAUACAAGUGAAGUCGUCCUUCCAACGGACACAAGAUACAGUAACGUCGACAACAAAAGAAAUGUCACCGUUCGAAAUUGAGGUCACGGAGAAUCGGCUACUUGAAAUCUUAAACAGCGCAAACGAAGUGGAGAAAGAUACAGUCGACGACCUUCUUCAGAGAUUGCCGACGCUGAAGCCGAGAAUCGAAUUGAUUGUCGCGAUUCUUGGAUAUUAUAUUCGGAUUAAAGACAGCGAAGCUUCGUCGUACUGGCUACAAGAAUUAGAACCCUCAUUUUUAGUGACUUCUUACGAUCUUGUGGAGCGCGUUCUAAAAUUGUGGUUGACCGAAGAAGGAUCAGGCGCGCCAUGGCGAGCCGAUGAAGUUUUCAAGGCGGUAGCGCGGAAAAUCCAUCUUUACGACGAUAAGUUUCUCAUGAGCUCGAUGAGUUUGAAGCUAAUUGUGGAGAAUUGGGCAUCCAGCGAAGAUCCUUCAGCGAGUAGAAAAAUGAUUGACUGGUACUCGCAAUUGACCUCCCGACAGGUCAAACCAGAUGAAUCGACGCUGGUAAUGAUUUUGCAAGCCCUGCGAAGUACAAACACCGAUAAACCCCUCGAGCUCGUCUCAGGAGAGAUCUUUCAACAAUGGAAGAGCUUUAGUAGUGAACAAAAAGAAAGGAUUGCAACUGAGAUUUUGGAGCUGAUCGCUUUGAAAAGAGACAAUGCGGACAUGAUUUUGGAAUUUGUCGAUCGACUUCUUGCUGACAAUGUUGUCCCUUCGGAAGUUCUGUUUCGAUCAUCUAUUUCUGCAAUACAGAACCAUAAGAACUCACCCUCUGACGUACUGUCAGUUGUCUAUUCCUUUGAUGAAGCAUCCAAUCAUACGAAUCUGACACUCUACACCUCGGCUAUCGAUUUUCUUUUCAAAAUGAAUGAAGAUGCCAUGCCACAAAUUGAAGCUCUGUAUGAUCACGUGCUAAAAGAAAUGGCGGCAAGUUCAGAAUUCAUAAAACGAGAAGAUUUUUCUGAAUUCUUGUAUGUUGUCAUUGCGAUGCAUGUAAAUAGAAAACUGUAUUCGCAAGCGGAAAAUUUCUUGACAAAAGCAGAAACUCUAUUGCUUCCUUCAACUGCUGCGAUCGUCAAUCAAUCACCUAUCCCACUCAAGUGCUACAAAAAAAUAAUUGUUCGGAAGUGGUAUACAGCUAAGACAGCCCCAAAAGUGGAAGAGUCGUUCGAAAACCUUAUGAAAUUGUAUCACAGUGGCUACAGAAAUCUCCAACCAGAUUCAGAUCUAUAUCAUGCAUACAUCAGUGCGCGUGUAGCAGCCGGUAAAGAUGCUGAGAAUAAUCUUCACGAAAUGAUCGAACAGUACGAAUUAGUUGGAAAGGAAGAAAUGAAACCCCAAGCUAGCGUGUUCAAUACUGUCUUGCUUUCUCUAUCUCAAGGCAAAGGGAAACCAUCAAUGUUAGAGAAGAAAUCUAUCACUCUCUUGGAACGCAUGUCUUCUCUUGGUGUUCAACCUGACAUAAAAACCAUCAAUUUGGUUCUCAAAAAUGUCAUCAAAGGAAAAUACGACAGUGCCUACAACACAUCAACCAUGCUGACAAACAUGAUAGAAGAGCAUGGACUUCGUCCAGAUUCUCACACGCUUCACUUGGUCCUAGACGCUUGUGGUUCAGCACCAGCCGGUGAGCGCAACAAUGCCAUACGCAAAUGCCUGUCAACGUUUGGCGAUAUUCGCACUCAAAAUUUUGUUGGCCCAAUAACAUACGGUAUCCUGAGCAAAGUUGUCUAUCGAUUGGUAUCGAGAGAUCUUCGAGCAGAUAAGAUCGGAGAAUCCAUUUUCUCGCUGUGCUGUGAAGAUGGAAUGCUUACAUCUGAAGUAAGAGGGCGCUUGAAGUCGAUGAUGAGCCGCACAGCUUGGGAAAAAAAAUACACACGUCAUCUAAGUAGUGACAAAAGUGAACCACCUGAUUGGAGUCGCAACAUUGGAAUACAAUAGCCUUGUCUCAAUGAGUGUUAUCAGUUGCACAAUUACUUUCGCUUCCUGAAUCAAUCCGGAGUAGAAUUAUUGUACAUGGCUUUCGAACGGCAAUAGGUACUCGCGUUCUUCUAAAUUUCCAGUCGCUCAGUUUUAAGUGGCUAUAGAUACAUCAUAUAAAACUUCAGAUACCCA